CUCAAUCAUCAUUCGUAUCUGCUUUUGACAGGAUAUGAUGGACCAGAACUUUUUCAUCAUAUUAUGCAUCUUUUGUGUGUCUCAGUCAGUGACGGCCUUCAACAUUGAUCCUUCUUCCUGGAAAACAUUCACUGAACCAAAGAAUGUAUCCUUUGGCUAUAAGGUUAUACAGAAAGAUGCAUCAAGCCUAAUUGUGAGUGAUCCUUUAAUUCAAAUCAGUCAAAGUCAAAGAGGACAGAUUUAUAACUGUUUGGUCACAGAAGGAAGAUGCUCAUCACUGAACAUUAAUGUGCCCUCAGAAGCUGUCAACAUGUCUCUUGGACUUUCCUUGGUUCAAGAUUCAAAAUCGUCAAAGGUGGCAAUUUGUGGCCCAACCGUUCCAAAGAAAUGUGCAGCAGCUACCAACUACAGAGGCAUAUGUUUUAUAAGUACAAACAAUGAAAUCAAACCACCAAUACCGAGCCCUAAAUAUAGAGACUGUCUUGGUCAGAUUGACAUAGCUUUUCUAUUAGAUGGAUCAGGGAGUGUAGGGAAUUAUAAUUUUCAGAUCAUGAAGACUUUUGUGACAAAUGUGAUCAAACAUUUUGCUGAGCGGGAUGCACAGUUUGCCAUUGCACAGUUCUCCGGUGAUUGUAGUAUUCAUUACAAUUUUGCUCAACUCAAAAUUGAAGACAGCACAUGGGAGAGUAAGGUGGCAGGAAUACCAUACUUUAUGGGUUUCACUUACACUGCAAAGGCCAUCCAAAAACUUGUGAAUGAGCUUUUUAUAACAGCUGGAGGGGCAAGACCAUCAGCCAAAAAAAUCUUGCUUGUUAUUACUGAUGGACAGUCAACUGACCCGAAAUCAUUGCCAUCUGUAGUAUCACAGGCAGAGGCAAAGAACAUCGUACGAUUUGCCAUAGGGAUUGGCAAUGCUUUUGAUUAUUUCUAUGCAAAAGAGGAGUUGAACACAAUCGCUUCUGAUCCAGACAACGAUCAUGUGUUUAAAGUGACAGACUUCAAUGCACUAAAUAAUAUUCUUCAAAAAUUGGAAGAAAAUAUCAUUGCUAUUGAAGGAACUCAGACUUCAGGUGAUUCCUCUAGAAUGGAGUUUGCACAGGAUGGAUUUAGCGCAGCUUUCACAUCAUAUGGAAGUGUGUUAGUGAGUGCUGUGGGAGCUUUCCAGUGGAAAGGUGGAUUUCAGGAAUAUUUUCCAGACUAUUCCUUUCAAACAGGAAGAGAGCAUGAAAGCUAUUUAGGUUAUUCGAUGGCUGUUGCAACAGUGUCAAGCAUCAGUUAUGCUAUUCUAGGAGCUCCAAGAUACAAGCAUCAAGGACAAGUUACUGUAUCACAAAUCAGAGCCAAUUUGGAUAAACUGCUGGACUCUCCUAAGCCUCAGAUUGGCUCAUAUUUUGGUGCUGAGGUUUGUGUGGUGGAUUUGAACAGUGACUCCAAUACAGACCUUCUCUUGAUAUCUGCACCGACAUACAUGGAGCCUGAACGGGAGGGCAGAGUGUUUGUGUAUGCCUUUACAAGUCAGUUCAUUUUCUCUGGGUUGGUGCUGGUGGGAAUCGCAGGUCAGAUGGGUCAGUUUGGCUCUUCUCUGGCCACUCCAGUAGAUCUAAAUGGUGAUGGUUUCAGGGAUGUUCUGAUUGGAGCUCCUUUGGAGGAGAAUGGACAGGGCAGCAUCUACAUUUUCAAUGGAGGAGUAGAUCAAAUAAAUCCAACAUAUUCACAGAGGAUUGCUGGGUCAUCUGUGCAACCAGGAUUGCGUUACUUUGGGAUUUCAUUUAGUCAGUACUCUCUGGACCAGAGUGAUGACAGCCUUCCUGAUAUUGCUGUUGGGUCCAUAGGAGCAGUUCUGCUUUUUAGAUCCAGACCCAUCAUGCUCUUGAACACCAAAGUAACUUACAACCCAUCCAAAAUACCAACCAAUGUAACAGACUGCACAAAGCCACUUCAAAACAUCCUGACCGUGUGCUUCACCAUGAGUGGAUUCAAACACAGCCUCACAGGUUUGGCUGCAAUUAUCAAUUAUACCAUAAUGCUGGAUGCUAAGCGACAGAAAUAUCGAGCAUAUUUCACACCCAAAAACCGCCUCCACAAUGAUGUGAUGAACAUAACCCUGAAGGAAGCUUGCAAAAUUCAUAAUUUCUUAAUAGAGGCUUGUCCAGAAGAUGCUCUGAAUCCAGUGUCCAGUGAGUUAACAUUCACAUUUCAGGGUCUUCCAUCUACAUCUAUAAUAAUGCAAAACUUGAGGCCAGUAUUGCUGCCAGAGAUAAAGACUACCACAGACCAAAAUCUGGAUUUUGAAAUAAACUGCGGAACUGAUAAUAUAUGUGUCGAUGACCUCAGAAUGGAUUUCAAUUUCUCUGGAUCUACAAACAUAGAGAUUGGGAUCAUGCAGGAGCUCAAUGUGACUGUGUUUAUAGAGAACAAAGGGGAAAACUCCUACAACACACUCUUCAUCCUCAGCUAUCCCUUUGGACUUUCCUACAGGAGAAUCACAUCUAAACAGGGUAGAGUGGAGUGUGUGUCUCUGGAUGGUGUGCAGGGAGUUAAACUAGGAGAAACCACCUGUUACAUCAGUAAACCCAUCCUUAAGGACAACUCUCAGGUUGUGUUUGAGAUUACAUACAGUAUUAAUAAAGAAAGUACACUGGGCCAAAAUUUGACGUUAAAGGCUGAGGUCACAAGUGGGAAUGACAAACAUGCAAAAAGCAGUGAGUUUUUUAAAGAGAAGACAAUUGGUGUUAAAUAUGCCAUCUAUAUUGCCUUGAUAAGGCAUGAAAAUUCCACCAUCCACAUUAAUUUUACUGCAGGGAAAAAGGACCUCAUGAAACCAGUCCAGCAGAUAAUAAAGAUCGAAAAUGAUCUUAGAGAAUUAACUUUCAAGGUUUUUAUCAAAGUACCAGUUAAAGUUGGUCAUGCUGACAUUUGGAAUAAUUCAAGUCUGCAAAUUUCUGGCUGUACGAUGGAGAAAAUUCAGAAGCCUGUUACCACCAAUUUUACGGACAUUAUUAAAAGUUCGCGCAUGGUGGACUGCUCUGUUGCUGAGUGUGCUGAAUUCAGCUGUGAUGUCACUCUCAUAAGGAAUGAAAGGAUUCUCUAUAAUAUAGCUGCCAAUGUCAGCUCUGGAUGGAUCGAGCAGACUGGACUCAGAGCUGCUGUUUUCCAGCUGGUCAGUUCUGCAUCUGUGGAUUACGACAAGAGCAAAUAUGUUUUCUUUUCCUCUGAUUCUCAACAAACUGCAACUUCUGUCCAGAUUAAUACUCAAGUGGAGGUGUACGAGGAGGCUGACCUAACUAAAGAGAUCAUUGGAGGAGUAAUAGGAGGACUGCUGCUACUGGCUAUCAUCACUGCAGCCCUCUAUAAGGCUGGAUUCUUCAAAAGCCAGUACAAGCAGAUGCUGGAGGAGGCAAAGAGGGAUGCAGGAGGACAACCAAACAUGCCAAAAUAAUAUGCAAUAUUCUGUUAACAGAUACUAGAGUGUUGUGUGUGCUUGAAAAUGAUAUAUGUAGGUCUAAUUUAGAACACUUUAUAAGAAUUAUCAUUUUGAAAUGAUGCCACAUCACUACUAAUUGUUUUCUUAUCAGUAAGCUUAACAAUGAGUUACCACAACAAAUGUGAUUAUAGCAUUUCAAAUAUUACUUAACUUUCUUGUUUUAAUGGAAACUGAUUAAAAAAACUAUAGCAAAAAUA